GUCGGGGCCGGGGGCGCGGCCAGGCCGGGGCCGGCCCGGUAAAGCGGCGGCGCGGCCGGCGCGGCCCCGCAUCAUGGAGGGACACCUGGCUCGCUGCAAGAUCGUGGUGGUGGGGGACACGCAGUGCGGCAAGACGGCGCUGCUCCACGUCUUCGCCAAGGACUGCUACCCCGAGAGCUACGUGCCCACCGUUUUCGAGAACUACACGGCCAGCUUCGAGAUCGACAAGCAGCGCACCGAGCUCAACAUGUGGGACACCUCAGGCUCGGCGUACUACGAUAACGUCCGUCCCUUGGCCUACCCGGACUCGGACGCUGUGCUCAUCUGUUUUGACAUCAGCCGCCCGGAGACCCUGGACAGCGUGCUCAAGAAGGGAGACCGCGCUGCUCAGUCUUCUCCGUGCAGCUUCGCAGAUGCCUGGCAAGGAGAAACUCAGGAGUUCUGCCCCAACGCGAAGAUUGUCCUGGUCGGCUGCAAGCUGGACAUGCGGACGGACUUAAACACGCUCCGGGAGCUCUCCAAGCAGCGCCUCAUCCCCGUGACGCACGAGCAGGGCAGCGCGCUGGCGCGGCAGAUCGGGGCGGUGGCGUACGCAGAGUGCUCCUCCAAGGUCUCGGAGAACAGCGUGCGGGACGUGUUCCACGUGACCACGCUCGCCUCGGUCAACAGGGUGCACAAGAACUUGAAGCGCAGCAACUCCAAGCGGGGACUGAAGCGGGCGUCACAGAUGCCCGGCAGGACGGACUUGCUGAACGACACAGAGAUCAGGAAAGACCGAGCCAAGAGCUGCUCCAUCAUGUGAAAAAAGAACGGGCUGUAAAUAACGUGUGCGUGUUGUCCAUUUUGUACAGUAACUGGCGGAGACGAGGGCACGGCGCUGGCUGCAGGAGCCAGCCCGCCUUUCCAAAGCCUUUCCCUCGGCCUCCAGGGCUGAGCAAAGGUCCCGGCUGCAAACCGGGGUGCACGAGUCGUCCCCCCACCGUGGAGACUUCUGGCUUGGUUGCUGCUGUGCGGAUUGCUUGGGGUGAGGGAACCACUGGGCAGAGGAGCAUUCAGGUGCCGCAAGGUCUGUGACUGGUGUGUGUCACCCUGCUGUCCCCAUGGCUUGGAGCGGGGGGUGGAAUUGCCGUCAGCGGAGCACGAUCAGGAGGAGGUGUUCUUCUAAUCUUCCUUUAGAAGAGAAACGAUGUGUGAGGUGGCGCUGCCUUCAGCUUGGCUGGGAGGGAAGGAACCUUAACAUAUCGAGACACCACGGCAGUCCAUCUGCAAAGAAAACAGAUAGAGGUGGCUCUUUACGCAGUGUUUUGGAUCCUCGAACUCCAUUUGAAACGCAGCAGAGUGGACCUGGCUCCGAGGGAGAGGUCUGUUCCAUAGAUGCGUCCUGAGAAUUGUGGUCCCCUCCAGCAAGCAAACGCCACCCGGGAGCUGCUGUCCCAGCUGCUCAGCCCGGUUUGCCGUGCGGCCGCUCCCGCCACGGGCAGCUGCGCUCCCGGGAACGUCGCUCCUGAGCAAGCAGACUGCAGUCACUACGUACCCUGCUCUCCACCCAUGUCCAGCUGCGGAUUGUGUUGCAUGGUGCUGUGUUUGUCCGGUACAGAGAACCAAAAAGGUGAUAUGCGUAUCUGCGCCCCCGUCUCGGGAGGGAAGGUGCUCCCUGCCCUGCUCUGCAGCCUCCUCCCAACACCUCUCAUCGCUUCUGCUGCUGCUGCCCUCUCUGAAUGCCUUUGACUACAGUGUUAUCCUUGACUUGAUGUCACAUAGACACUUUAAGGGGAAAAAAUGAAUCUGCUCCAUUGCCAGAUGCAGCUGUGUCAGUGGGCUACGGAAAACAAAUAAACAUAAUUGGAAAAUGCA